GUGAGUUAUCAAGCAUGGGAUGAACGAAAUUAUAAUAUAUUUUAUCAAUUAUGUACACAAGCAAAUCAAUCUGAUAUGAAAUCUCUUGCACUAUUACCAGCUAAUAAAUUUCGAUAUACAUCAGAAGGAAAUGCAAUAAUAAUUAAAGGUGUUAAUGAUGCUGAACAAUUUUUAGAAACACGCGAAGCACUUGCACUUCUUGGUAUUGAGAAUAAAGUUCAAAUGUCAAUAUUUCGUCUUCUCUCUGCUAUACUUCAUUUGGGAAAUGUUGUUAUUGAUGAAGGUGAAAGUGAAACAACAUUCGUUAAAGAAUCAGAUAAAUCAUUUUCAACAUUUUGUUCUCUUCUUAAACUUGAUGAAAAUCGUAUGAGAACAUGGUUAUGUAAUAAAAGAAUUAAAACUGGUGUUGAAGUUGUCACUACAACACUCAAUCUUAAUCAGGUAUUAUUUUAAAAUUGAUUUAUUUUAUUAAAUUCCAGUCUUGCCGAAUCGAGAUAUAAGCUCAUUCAAUAAUGAUAUUCAUUUGUUUUGAUCUUGCACCAUAUGUUGCUUGUAUCGAUGUUCAUUUCUACUGAACGUACCGUUGAACCGUUGCAUUAUUCUCUCUAUGACUGCAGACCAUUAAAUUAGUGGGGAGAAGCAAGGUGAUUUCUCCCUCCUAUUGUUUAUCUUUCGAUGAAACAUAUUACCUAUGUAAAAGCGAUGUUCUGUUUACAAUUUUUUAAAGAAAAUCAAUUAGUUUUCUCUCAAAGAGAAACUGAAUCAGAUCAUAUUUUGAAAAUUGAUAUAUUAAAAGAUAGAAUAUAAGACAACCAUGAAAAGUAUGGUCUAAUCAUCAAUAUAUCUCAAAUUCAUUUACUAACUACUGCAAAAUACUAUAUGCAAAAUCCAGCUCAAUAUCUAGAUAGUAAAAUCAAGUGUCCUUUUAGUGAACAUAUUGCAAUAAAGUAGUUUAUCAGAUAUCCAUUGAAUAUUGUAUCUUAAAGUAUAUCAGUUUCCAAUAGUUUCCAUGAAAUUACCCAGUAUAGGUGUACCUUUUCAGAUAUGCUACUUAAAAUAUUUUCGUAGAUAAUAGUGAAGGAUGUCAGUGGAGAGAAGAAGAACACUGACACAAUAGAC